UAGCAAGCGGCAAGCUACAGGGAGCAGUGUUGCAGGACAACCCUUUACCACAAAGAGGAAGAAAUUGCUGUGCUCAGGGUUCUCACAUUUCAGCAAUGAUUCUGUGAUACAAGUUCCAGGAGUUUUCUCUUUCUGUGAUAAUCUUCUCUAUGGCCUCCUCUUGCUGAUGUUUGCCCCAGUGUUGGGCAUAAAGAGGAAGGAUGCUGAAGAAUGGGUACCCCCCUUUUGGCUUUUAGAACAUGGGCACUUGUGUAAAGAUGAAGCUGUGAUCCUCGGCUGUGUGUCUCACCGAAGGGACCUGAUGUUUUACAUUAUUGGUGGGAUCACGGUAUCUGUGGUAGCUUUCUUCUUCACCAUUAAGUUCCUCUUUGAGCUUGCCGCACGUAUAGUCAGCUUCCUUCAGCAUGAGGACCGGGAACGCCGAGGGGAGCGAACUAUUUAUGACUACGUGCGAGGCAACUACCUGGAUCCCCGGUCCUGCAAAAUCUCCUGGGAUUGGAAGGACCCCCAUGAGGUGGGCCAUAGCAUGGCCUUCCGAGUGCAUUUGUUCUACAAGAAUGGGCAACCUUUCCCUGCUCACCGGCCUGUGGGGCUGCGAGUUCACAUCUGCCAUGUGGAGUUAGCAAUUGAUAUUCCUGUAACCCAGGAAGUUCUUCAGGAGCCUAAUUCCAAUGUGGUGAAAGUGGCCUUCACUGUGCGCAGGGCUGGGAGAUAUGAGAUCACUGUAAAACUUGGUGGCUUGAAUGUGGCCUACAGCCCCUACUACAAGGUAUUCCAGCCAGGGAUGGUGGUUCCCUCCAAAACCAAAAUUGUCUGCCAUUUCUCCACUCUCGUGCUGACCUGUGGGCAGCAGCACACUCUGCAGAUAGUUCCCAGAGAUGAAUAUGACAAUCCCACCACCAAUUCUGUGUCCCUGGUAGAUGAGCACAAUUACAGCCUCUCCAUCCAUGAGCUGGGACCUCAAGAAGAAGAGAGCUCUGAUGUUGUGUUUGAGAAGUCUGUGGUGUCCAAUCGUCAGACUUGCGAAGUGUUCUUCCGACUCACCUUGCACUGCAGGGGGUGUUUCCAUGCCUGCAUCUCCUACCAGAACCAGCCCAUAAGCAAUGGUGAUUUUGACAUCAUUGUUCUAAGUGAGAAUGAAAAGAACAUUGUAGAUCGCAAUGUGUCCACCUCAGGUGUCAGUAUUUACUUUGAAGCUUACCUUUACGAUGCUCCUAGUUAUACCAACACUCAGUGGCAACUUCCACCAACGCACCUGAGUUCCUCCCAGCGCCGUCCUUCUACUGCAACUGAGGAUGAAGAUGAAGAUUCCCCGUUUGACAGCCAAACCCCUGAGAAAGUGAAGAAACCUAAAAAAGUGUACUGCUAUGUGUCACCUAAGCAAUUCUCAGUGAAAGAAUUUUACCUGAAGAUCAUUCCAUGGCGCCUUUACACCUUUAGAGUAUGUCCUGGCACAAAGUUUUCAUACCUUGGUCCUGACCCUGUGCACAAAUUACUGACACUGGUGGUGGAUGAUGGGAUCCAACCCCCUGUGGAGCUCAGCUGCAAGGAGAGGAACAUCUUGGCAGCCACUUUCAUUCGCUCUCUGCAUAAAAACAUAGGAGGCUCGGAGACCUUCCAGGACAAAGUGAACUUCUUUCAGCGAGAGCUGCGUCAGGUGCAUAUGAAAAGACCUCAUUCGAAGGUCACACUGAAGGUCAGCCGUCACUGUCUACUGGAGUCGUCUUUUAAAGCAACAAGGAAUUUUUCUGUUUCUGAUUGGAGCAAAAACUUUGAAGUUAUUUUUCAAGAUGAAGAAGCUCUGGACUGGGGAGGUCCACGCAGAGAGUGGUUUGAGCUCAUCUGUAAGGCGUUAUUUGAUACCUCCAAUCAACUCUUCACCCGCUUUAGUGAUAACAACCAGGCCUUGGUGCAUCCAAAUCCAGGGCGUCCCACAUAUUUACGACUCAAAGUGUAUGAAUUUGCAGGCCGCCUAGUCGGAAAGUGUCUUUAUGAAUCAUCUCUGGGGGGUGCUUACAAACAACUGGUUCGAGCACGCUUCACCCGAUCCUUCCUGGCUCAGAUCAUAGGACUUCGUAUGCAUUACAAGUAUUUUGAAACGGAUGACCCGGAAUUCUAUAAAUCCAAAGUUUGUUUCAUACUGAACAAUGAUGUGAGUGAGAUGGAUCUGGUCUUUGCUGAAGAGAAAUAUAGCAAAACAGGACAACUGGAGAAGAUGGUAGAACUGGUGACAGGAGGAGCUCAAGUACCAGUGACCAAUGAAAACAAAAUCUUGUACCUAAAUCUGCUUGCACAGUACAGGCUGGCCAGUCAGGUUAGAGAGGAGGUGGACCACUUCCUGAAAGGUCUUAACGAGUUAGUUCCUGAGAACCUCCUGGCUAUUUUUGAUGAGAAUGAGCUUGAGUUGCUUAUGUGUGGUACUGGAGAUAUUAGUGUCUGUGACUUCAAGGCACAUGCUGUAGUGGUAGGAGGAUCUUGGCACUUCCGUGAGAAGGUCAUGAGGUGGUUUUGGACUGUGGUCUCCAGUUUCACACAGGAAGAGCUGGCCAGGCUUUUACAGUUCACAACUGGUUCCUCCCAGCUGCCCCCAGGAGGGUUUGGUGCACUCUGUCCAUCUUUCCAGAUCAUUGCAGCUCCAACUCACAGUACUUUACCAACAGCCCACACUUGUUUUAACCAGCUGUGCCUCCCUACUUAUGACUCCUACGAAGAAGUGCACAAAAUGCUGCAGCUAGCUAUCAGCGAGGGUUGUGAGGGCUUUGGCAUGCUGUGAUUUCCACUUUCUAGGAGACCACUUAGCCUCCUCGCUGUUCAUGGCAAGACCCAAGUUCAAUCCUCUGGUUGUUCUCCCUCCCUUCACGUGGGCAAUGGAGGCAGAAUAAAGACUCCGUGUAAAGGAAUUUGUCAUCCAGAUGAUGUCGUGUGGCCUUUCUGUAUCCCAAAUAUGUCAUCGAGAGCUCAUCUUUUCCCUUUCCCUCAUUCUCCCUUUGGUUCAAUGUGAAACAGCAAAAUGACUGUUGUGCAUUCAAGGAGAUAUUGCACUUGAUUUCCCUGCAACCUAUACACCCAUCCUUCCAUGGGAAGAUGAAGUUUGUAAGCAGAAGUUACAGUGAGGUGCAGGAGAUCUGCUGAGCUGCCUUUAUUGUAGCUCUCUGGGAGGAAGACCGAAGACCACCAUGGAGCUCUGCUGGAAACCUGGCUCAUGGGAAGCCUUAGUAACUUUCCAUGUCUUGGCUUAAUUCCCUCAGUGAUGCUCCCUGAUAGCUCA